AUGGCCAUGGUAGAGGAACCCUUGUAUCCCAUUGCAGUGCUCAUAGAUGAGCUUAAGAAUGAUGAUAUUCAGCUACGGUUGAACUCGAUCCGUCGCCUAUCUACAAUAGCUCGUGCCCUUGGAGAGGAACGCACAAGGAAGGAAUUAAUCCCUUUUCUGAGCGAAAACAGUGACGAUGACGAUGAGGUUCUCCUUGCAAUGGCUGAGGAAUUGGGUGUUUUUAUUCCAUAUGUCGGAGGAAUUGAGCAUGCCCAUGUUCUUCUCCCUCCUCUGGAAUCUCUCUGCGCUGUUGAAGAGACCUGUGUCAGAGAAAAAGCUGUAGACUCGCUUUGCAAGAUUGGAUCUCAAAUGAGAGAAAAUGACCUUGUCGACUCCUUUGUUCCUCUUCUCAAGAGACUCGCAGCUGGUGAAUGGUUUGCAGCAAGAGUUUCGGCAUGUGGUCUAUUUCAUGUUGCCUACCAAGGUUGCACUGAUGUGCUGAAGACAGAGUUACGUGCUACCUAUAGCCUGUUGUGUCAAGAUGAUAUGCCAAUGGUGCGAAGAGCUGCUGCAUCUAACCUAGGGAAAUUUGCUACCACGGUGGAGUCAAGCUAUUUGAACACUGAGAUCAUGACUAUGUUCGAUGAUCUUACUAAAGAUGACCAAGAUUCUGUUAGACUUUUGGCUGUCGAAGGCUGUGCAGCUCUUGGGAAGUUGUUGGAACCUCAGGAUUGUGUUGCACGCAUUUUACCUGUUAUUGUUAAUUUCUCGCAGGAUAAAUCUUGGAGGGUGCGCUACAUGGUUGCUAAUCAGCUAUAUGAACUUUGUGAGGCAGUCGGUCCUGAUAGCACAAGGACGGAUUUGGUUCCAGCAUAUGUUAGAUUGCUACGGGACAAUGAGGCUGAAGUGCGAAUAGCAGCAGCGGGAAAAGUGACUAAGUUCUGUCGGCUUUUGAAUCCAGAGCUUGCAAUUCAGCACAUCCUUCCUUGCGUGAAGGAAUUAUCAUCCGAUUCUUCUCAACAUGUCCGCUCUGCUUUAGCUUCAGUAAUAAUGGGAAUGGCUCCUAUUCUUGGGAAGGACUCAACCAUUGAGCAUCUACUACCAAUUUUUCUUUCCCUUUUGAAAGACGAAUUUCCUGAUGUACGCCUCAACAUCAUAAGCAAGCUAGAUCAAGUCAACCAGGUCAUUGGAAUUGAUCUACUAUCACAAUCCUUGUUGCCGGCGAUUGUAGAGCUUGCUGAGGAUCGGCACUGGAGAGUCCGGCUUGCGAUAAUAGAGUACGUUCCUCUGUUGGCCAGCCAGUUAGGCAUAGGGUUUUUCGAUGAUAAGCUCGGAGCCCUUUGCAUGCAGUGGCUGCAAGACAAGGUCUACUCUAUCCGUGAAGCUGCAGCAAACAAUCUAAAGCGCCUCGCAGAGGAGUUUGGUCCUGAAUGGGCAAUGCAGCACUUAGUUCCCCAGGUAUUGGACAUGGUCAACAAUCCGCACUACCUACAUAGGAUGAUGGUUCUGCGUGCAAUAUCUCUCAUGGCUCCUGUAAUGGGGUCGGAAAUCACAUGCUCCAAGUUUCUUCCUGUGGUGGUUGAAGCAUCAAAAGACAGAGUUCCAAACAUCAAAUUCAAUGUCGCCAAACUUCUGCAAUCGCUCAUCCCCAUAGUCGACCAAUCAGUGGUGGACAAAACAAUCCGUCAGUGUUUGGUGGACCUGAGCGAGGACCCUGAUGUUGAUGUUCGUUAUUUUGCAAACCAAGCGCUGCACUCAAUCGAGGGUACCGCAGUGGCGCAAUCCUGA